AGCAGGCUACGACAUCACCGGGCAACAGAUUGUGACUGCGUGGCCUUCACUGCUCCUAUUGGGGCGCUAGCAGAGCCUGGCUCAGUCUGGCUCGUUCCUGGCUUCCUGCUGAGCAGCUCUGUGCGGUUUGGAAGGCGAGCAAGAAUUUGGCUGUGCUGGACCGUGCCUGUGGCUGCUUCCGGCAGUUCCCAGUGCCCGUCCUCACAGCACUGCUUCUGUUUCCCUGGCCCUGCCCAGUGCAGGCAGCCAGGGCCCCGCAGGACGUACCCGCGGCAGCGGAGUGCGUGACACCAGUGCUGCGGCAACCGUGAAGGAGGGCAGUUUGUCACCCAACGCUCUCCUCACCUGCAGCAGCCAGAAGACCAUGGCCGCAGCAGAGGCAUGGACGUGUCCUGUCUGCCGUGAGGCACGACGGGACGUGGCGUAUGCAACACCGUGCAACCAUCAGUUCUGCCUCGGCUGCAUCCAGCGGUGGGCCAUGCUGAAAACCAGCUGCCCGCUCUGCAGGACAGCCAUGAGGACCAUCAAGGUCUCCGUGUGGGGAGAUGAACAUCACGUCGAGUGCGUCGUCUCCCCACCCGCAGUGCCGCUCCCUGCCCAAUUCCACCACGGCAGCACCACCCGCCCCAGCGGCACUGCGGCACACGCUCCAUCCUCUGGGCCGCUGCCGCCACAGCAGAGGGCUGCAGGGCCACAGAGGAGCGUGAGAGUGGGCGGCCUCCUGCCGCAGGAGUGGGCGGCAGCGUUCAGGGAGCGACGCCACAUCCUCGACCCCGUGCUGCCCGGCCUGCACCAGAAGCUCUCCGCCAUCCAUGGGAUCCCGUGGUGGCAGGUCAGGUCCACCGAGAGCCUGUUCCUGUGCUGCCUGUGUCAGCUGGGGCUGGACAGGGAUGCCAUGGCCCGGUGCAUAGAGCCCAGCGUGGGACCCAUCGCCACGCCAAUCAUCAACUGGCUCACUGACACCAUCGUCAGCCUCUGUGGCCGGGAGGUGCGCAGGAUGUGGGGCCUCGAGGACGAGAGCACUGCCGGGGGGCAGGAGGACAGCCCCACGGCUUCCUCCCCACAGACAACCCUCGCCCCCAGCAGCUCUGAGGGUCCCAGUGCCGAGGAGAUCCCCGGCACAUCCAGCAGAGCCCUUCACGGGGGUGCCGCUCAGCUCCCCGCCGCCCCCAGCCCCAGGGAGCAGCAGCAGCCCCGUGACGAGCAGGGGCAGGAGGCAGCAGGGCCCAGUGCCCAGCGCUGCAGCUGCUCAGCUCCAGGCCGGGGCAGGAAGCGCUCUGCUGGGGGGCCCCGGCGCCCCACGAAGAGGAGGGCCAGCAGCACCCAACGUGCUCCCCAGCCCUGCAAGAGGCCGCCCCCACGGCGCCUCUAGCGGGGCUUACGCUCCCUUUUAAAAUAACAAAUAUAUACAUUUCAAAAAAAGAAUACGCCACUGAGAAAGUCUCGUUCUUAACCAAAACACAGCUGCUACUGCCACGUGCACACUGCUGCUCCCUGGAGGUAUUCAAAAGAGUGUCCACGGGGCACUCAGGGACACGCUUUUGCGUGUGGCCAUCCAACCUUUGGCGUGCCUGGGACACGCUGAGGGAAGAGCUUUUGUCUCAGGCCACAUAUCAAAUAUACAACACAGUUAACCGAUACAACUAACAAAACAGCUCUUCUUAAGUACAUUUACUAGGAAUAUUUUUCUAAAGAGCGCCACCAAAGCAUAAAACUGAAAAUGGAGUCACAGCUAUACGCACACCUGUUUCACACAAUGCCACUGCAGGUUGGGUGUUCCCUCCGAGCGCUGGAUAAGCUCAUGCCUCUAGAACAGCUCAUAUCAUGCGUGGUACUGAUUAUCAUGGCAAAGGAACCACAGGUUGCCUGCUUCACACCAAAAGGGAUAAUCAAAGCAUGAGAUUGCUGUAAAUUGUUCCCAAUGUAAUCCACGAGGAGUUCAAUUCAUUUCGUAUUGAGCUAAAAACAAACAAACAAACAAGCAAACAAUUCUGUUUAUCUACUCAACCAAAGUGAGAAAAAAAGGAAGUAGGAAAGGAGCUUGGUUGAUGCUCUUCACAUCUAGAGCACCAGAUCUGCUCCUAAGGAGAAGCACUCAUCUAACAUCCCAAGUUGUCUAAGAUGGCGGACUGGCACUCUGCUGAGUAGCACUGCAGUCACACCACAGGUACCUACAGCAACCUCCUUUAAACAGAAGAAGGCGGCCCAUGCCCCCAUUCUCUGGGAACGAUGGGGAAUGACUUUUUACAUGAGCUGACAGCAACAGGACAAGGCGGAAUGGUUUUAACCUGAAGGAGGGGUGACUCAGAUUAGAGGUCACGAGCGAGGAAAUCCUUUACCAAGACGGAGGUCAGGCCCUGGCACAGCUGCCCAGAGAAGCUGUGGCUGCCCCACCCCUGGACGUGCUCAGGGCCAGGAUGCACAGGGCCCUGGGCAGCCUGAGCUGCUGGGUGGCAGCCCUGCCCACGGCACGGGGUUGGGGCUGGGUGGGCUUUCAGAUCCCUUCCAACCCAAACCGUCCUACGAUACGACCAGAUUCUACGAUAUCUACUUCUGCCCGUGCAGCAGAUCAGGCUACCAUGUGCUGCCCCUAUACAAGAAAGCGACAAUAGUCCAGAUCCACCAUUACAUUUCACCACAGCAGUUUCCGUGGCACAGAAAGGCUGCCUUCCUCCCGCAAUGGCUGCGCUCCUGAAGAGCAGGGGAGCAGCAGCACGGGCAGGACAAGGCUCCGGUCAGCAGCCACCAAGGGAGUGCUGAGCCUGCAAGCUACAGCUCUCACAGCAUCGGAUGACAGAGCUUCCCUUUCUAAAAGGAAGCCUUCACGUUUCACUACGAAAAUCAGGAUUUUUACCUAACGCUUAUGAGGAACGAAACAAAACGGUGAGGAACGCUACCAAACCCGCCCUUCGCUCCUAACACAUACAGAAGACCCUUUGCCAAGACCAGUCACUAAGAACUCAAGAUACACGAUGAGAUCUCAGUACCUGGUGGCCCCAGUCCCACAUGAUGCUCAUUUCUCCACUUGCACGCACAUACACGUCUUGGGCCUUGCAAGGGAGUGAUUAUGCAAGGGAGCGAAGGAAAUCUAUGGCAGAACGAGCGUAAGCCAACCAAAGUCAGACAACUCAGAGAAUUCGGUAAAACAAGGACCACUCUCCCCUUUCAUAAUGCCUCCAGAAGCACAAGCAGCUUGCCUGGCUCUGGAGACGACCUUUCGGAGAAAAUAUUAAAAAAACAUACCGCCUCCAAAUCUCAUUACAAGACCUCAUCUUUCUCCGUGCACUAAAUUAGGAUUUGGUAGUGCAAUACCGCUCACAUCUGGUUGACAAGUUUCUACCAUACUUCACAGUCUGGCUUGCCUGGGACAUACAGAGCAAAGAGGAAUUGCCACAGGCCGCAUAUAAAAUAAAGAAUACACUUCACGUAUGUAGGAAACAGGACUUGCUUUUCAUGCUUAUUUUUUAUUAAGACAUUUGAGCGUUUCACUCAUGAAAAACAUCACUAAAAGUCACACAAGGACAUCAAAAGUUAGUAGCCAAGCGGGGCCACGUUACACGCCGUCCAGGCCAUGGGUUGACGCAUCUGCUUUAGCGGUAGGCCUGGCAGAGUUCAGUUAAUAGCUGGACUUGAGGAGGAGGUCUUAGAGGUCUUUUCCAACC